AUGGCACAACCAAGAGAGAACCUUUAUUUAAAAUUGGGAAGCCUCGGCAAAUCUAAGGAGAAUGCUAAAAAUGCAGCUAUCGAUCUCAUCAAGGAAUAUAUCCCUCCAAACACCUCGGCAGAACAAGUCUUUAAAGAUAUGAACGCCUUUCAGAUGGAUGCGCGCCAAACACCUAUGGUCUCCAAAGAGCAAAAGAAGCAACACAAGCCGAGCAAGAAGAAGACCAAACCGCUUAGUGCAAAAGAAAAGCGUUCACUGCACAUCUAUGACAUUCCAAAGGAAGCGAUCCGAUACGACUUGUUUGAGCCUUUGCAUCAGUUAUGGCUUGGAUACAUCAAGGAAUUGUAUAAUCAAGGACAUGAUCCGCUGGUGUUUCGACAAAAGUUACUCAAAGCAGAUUAUCAUGGUGCCAUUUUUGAAGUGAUCAAAAGCACAAAUCCAUCCAUGGUUGGCGUACGUGGUAUUGUGGUGCAAGAGACUCAAAACUUAUUCAACAUGAUCACCAACACGAAUCAAUUGAAGCGGAUACCCAAGGCUGGCACGGUCUUUUCACUGGAGCUCCCAAUGUGUAACGUGCGUCUCACAAUCUAUGGACAACAACUGCUGGUGCGGUCUGCCGAGCGAGCUGCGAAAAAGUUCAAGCCAAAACCGACGAUAGACGUGUAG